AAAGCCGCCACGCCCAGCGGCACCCCUAUCUAGUGAUAAGCAACCUUCAACUUUGAAAGAAGCAUCUGGCUUGCGGAUACUGUCGGUUAUCCUUGGAAUUUAUCCAGUUUAGGAAAACAAGUGAGCAGCUAACCCUCCACUGCCGGCUCACGACACCGGGAGAAAGUGGGUAAAAGAUAGUCGCGGCCACACAUCGCUUGGGGGCUGCGCGAAGCAGAACUAGGAAGCUUUGCUCGGGUCUGGACUUCGUCCCUCCCAGAUCUCUGAGCGAGCAAGCACUGCAGCCCGAGCCAAUUGCGAAAGACCAACAAAGCCCAGCCCAGCGGAAGGAACGGUUUCGGAGUUGUUUUUCUUUGAUAGGGGAGCUCUUCCUUGCUCUCGCCCCUACUCUUUCUGGUGUUAGAUCGAGCAACCCUCUAAAAGCAGUUUAGAGUGGUCGGAAAAGACACACCAAACGCUCCCAGCAACAAAAAGGAUGAAAUUCCUUCUGGACCUCCUCCUGCUUCUCCCCUUACUCAUCGUCUGCUGCCUAGAGUCCUUCGUGAAGCUUUUUAUUCCUAAGAGGAGAAAAUCAGUCGCCGGCGAAAUCGUGCUAAUUACAGGAGCUGGGCAUGGAAUUGGGAGACUGACUGCCUAUGAAUUUGCUAAACUUAAAAGCAAGCUGGUUCUCUGGGAUAUAAAUAAGCAUGGACUGGAGGAAACAGCUGCCAAAUGCAAGGGACUGGGUGCCAAGGUUUAUACCUUUGUGGUAGACUGCAGCAACCGAGAAGAUAUUUACAGCUCUGCAAAGAAGGUGAAGGCAGAAAUUGGAGAUGUUAGUAUUUUAGUAAAUAAUGCUGGUGUAGUCUAUACAUCAGAUUUAUUUGCUACACAAGAUGCUCAGAUUGAAAAGACUUUUGAAGUUAAUAUACUUGCACAUUUCUGGACUACAAAGGCAUUUCUUCCUGCAAUGAUGAAGAAUAACCAUGGCCAUGUUGUCACUGUGGCUUCGGCAGCUGGACAUAUUUCGGUCCCCUUCUUACUGGCUUACUGUUUAGGACCCGCUCUGGAACCUGAGGAAGUGGUAAACAGGCUGAUGAAUGGGAUUCUGACUGAGCAGAAAAUGAUUUUUAUUCCAUCUUCUAUAGCUUUUUUAACAAUAUUGGAAAGGAUCCUUCCGGAGCGCUUCCUGGCAGUUUUAAAAAGAAAAAUCAAUAUUAAGUUUGAUGCAGUUAUUGGAUAUAAAAUGAAAGCGCAAUAAGUGCCUAGUUUUCUGAAAACUGAUUUACCAAGUUUAGGUUGAUUCAUCUAAUAGUGUCAGAAUUUUAAUGUUUGAACUUUUGUUUUUUCUAAUUAUCCCCAUUUCUCCAAUAUCACCUUUGAGGCUUUGGCAGUCUUCAUUUACUACCACUUGUUCUUUAGCUAAAAGCUGAUUACAUAUGAUAUAAACCGAGAAAUACCUUUAGAGGUGACUUUAAGGAAAAUGAAGAAAAAGAACCAAAAUGACUUUAUUAAAAUAAUUUCUAAGACUAUUUGUGGCUCACCUGAAGGCUUUGCAAAAUUUCUACCAUAACUGUUUAUUUAAUAUUUAUUUUUAUUUUUGAUUGCACUUAAAUUUUGUGGGAUUUGUGUUUCUUUUUCUGUUCUACAUAAAAUCAGAAACUUCAAGCUCUCUAAAUAUAAUGAAGGACUAUAUCUAGUGGCAUUUCACAAUGAAUAUCAUGAGCUCUCAAUGGGUAAGUUUCAUCCUACCCAUUACCACUCUGUUUCCUGAGAGAUACCUCACAUUCCAAUGCCAGACAUUUCUGCACAGGGAAGCUAGAGGUGGAUACACAUGUUGCAAGUAUAAAAGCAUCAUUGGGAUUUAAGGAGAAUUGAGAGAAUGUAUCCACAAAUGGCAGCAAUAAUAAAUGGAUCACACUUAAA